UUAAAAGCACAAUACAAAUUUGCAUUCCCUUCACAAGAAGACAUUAUUUCUGAAAACUCAAACCUCAUCACAAUGUCUUGGUUCCUUACAAUUCUGUUUCUCAGUCUCACAUUUGGUACUAAUUUUUCAGAAGCAAACCAUGACAACAAGAAGCUUCUUCCUUCACCUGUUGUAGUUGGCACUGUCUACUGUGACACAUGUUUUCAACAAGCUUUCUCUCUAAACAGCCACUUCAUUUCAGGUGCAUCAAUAGCUGUUGAAUGCAAAAUAGGAAAAACAAAACCAAGAUUCUAUAAAGAAGUGAAAACAAAUGAACAUGGAGAAUUCAAAGUGAAACUACCUUUCUUAGUGAAGAAACAUGUGAAGAGAAUCAAAGGGUGUAAUUUUAAGUUGUUAAGUAGUAAUGAACCAAAUUGUGCUAUAGCCUCAACUUCUACUUCAUCUUCACUAAGCCUAAAGAAAAAGUUGCAACAAGAACACAUUUUUUCAGCUGGGAUUUUCUCAUUCAAGCCUAUAAAAAAACCAAAAUUUUGUGACAAAAAACAUAGUAUUCAUAACCUUAAGAAACAACAUAGUUAUGUGAAAAAUUUGGAACAAUCAAAAUUUUCAAGCAAAAAUAAAGUACCUAAUGAAGUUGAAGAUUUCUUCUUUUUUCCUCCAAACCCUUUUUUUCCACCACCUAUUAUCCCUAAUCCACUUCAACCUCCACCUUUGAUUCCUAACCCUUUGCAACCACCACCUUUGAUUCCAAAUCCAUUUCAACCACCAAGUCCACCCUUGAUUCCUAAUCCAUUUCAACCACCAAGUCCACCACUUAUUCCAAAUCCAUUUCAACCUCCUCCAUCAAAUCCACCACUUAUUCCUAAUCCAUUUCAACCUCCCCCAGCAAGUCCUCCACCACUCAUUCCAAAUCCAUUUCAGCCUCCACCAUCAAGUCCACCACCAUCAUUUCCUUUUCCACCAAUAGUAAUACCAGGUUUAACUCCAUCACCACCGCCGCCGCCACCACCAAAAUCAAUUUUUCCUGCUCCCUUACUUCCUUUUCCUCCACUGUUCCCACCACCUCUUAGCCCUGGCUCACCCCCUACUUCUUCAAGUAAUUUCUCUCCUUGAUUAUUAACAUAUUAUUCCUUCUGGUUCUAUUAAUAAAAAACAUUUGGGUCAACAAAAGUUGAUGUAUUUGGACCAAAUUAUUAACAAGUUACAUCAUAUUUUGCUGACCCAAAUGUUUCUUAUAAAUAAGACCAGAUGGAGUAUAUAAUAUUAUAGUUGUAAAUUGCAAUCUGCAGCUGCAACUUAACAGUUUUAGAGGUCUCCACAACGGCAUUGGAAUGACAAUUGCGGCUACAUUCCUGCAAGGCUGCAAUAUAAAGGUUUACAGUAUAACUGUGAGUGCAAUUUGAAACUAUGAUUAUGAUAUAGUAUAGUUCUCUAAAUAUGGGGAUGAUUAUGUCACAUAUGUAGUGACUUAAGCAAAAAAAAUGUUGAUACAUUAUUGCUAUGUUUGUAAUUAGUAAUAGAUACAAGAAUAUUGUUAUCUUAGAGAUUUUCUAGUAAUUUUUGAGUGUGUAAUUUCUACCCUUGAAUUGCUCUAUAAAUGUACUAUUAUGAAUUAUGAGUGUGAUAUGAAUAUUAUUUCAAUACUUGAACAAAAGUUGCUGAAGAGUGAAGACUAUAUGUCUGGGCCAAGUUAAUGAGAAAGACCAAAUGCAGAAAUGUGUGGAAAUGUAAGAAUUUAGAACCAUAAUCCAAAUGUUUUAUUAAAGAGUGGUAUAUUAUGUUGUACAAUGAUAGUGCUACUAUGCAUCCAUGUGAAUAAUGAAAGAUGAUAAUUGGAAA